GGCCCGCGACCAGACGUCGGCGCCGGGAGCCCGGAGAGCCCGAGGUGCUGCCGUUGCCGGCCCCGGUGGCACUCGCCGUCGCCCGCGCCGCGUCCCGCACCAGGCCCGGGGCCGAGCGCAGCCCCCCGCCGCCCCGCGGGGAUGGAGCCGGCCGCCGCGCUGCCCCUGGGGGGCCCGGGCCCGCUGGGCGAGUUCCUGCCGCCGCCCGAGUGCCCGGUCUUCGAGCCCAGCUGGGAGGAGUUCGCCGACCCCUUCGCCUUCAUCCACAAGAUCCGCCCCAUCGCCGAGCAGACGGGGAUCUGCAAGGUGCGGCCGCCGCCGGAUUGGCAGCCACCAUUUGCAUGUGAUGUCGAUAAACUUCAUUUUACUCCACGUAUCCAGAGGCUGAAUGAAUUGGAGGCUCAAACGCGUGUAAAAUUAAAUUUCUUGGACCAGAUUGCGAAGUAUUGGGAGUUGCAGGGAAGUACACUGAAAAUUCCACAUGUGGAGAGGAAAAUUUUGGACUUGUUUCAGCUCAAUAAGUUAGUUGCAGAAGAAGGCGGGUUUGCAGUUGUCUGCAAGGAUAGAAAAUGGACCAAAAUUGCCACCAAGAUGGGCUUUGCCCCUGGCAAAGCUGUGGGCUCACAUAUCAGAGGGCAUUACGAGAGAAUCCUCAAUCCCUACAACCUAUUUUUGUCUGGAGACAGUCUAAGAUGUCUGCAGAAGCCAAACCUGACCACAGACACCAAGGACAAGGAGUACAAGCCCCAUGAUAUUCCCCAGAGGCAGUCUGUGCAGCCCUCGGAGAUGUGCCCCCCAGCCCGGAGAGCGAAGCGCAUGAGAGCAGAGGCUACGAAUAUUAAAAUUGAACCGGAAGAGACAUCAGAGGCAAGAACUCAUAACCUAAGACGUCGAACAGGCUGUCCGGCUCCGAAAUGUGAGAAUGAGAAAGAAGUGAAGAGCAGCAUCAAGCAAGAACCUAUUGAGAAGAAAGACUAUAUUGUAGAAAAUGAAAAGGAAAAACCCAAGAGCCGGUCGAAGAAAGCCACCAAUGCUGUCGACCUGUAUGUGUGCCUCUUGUGUGGCAGUGGCAACGACGAGGACCGCCUUCUCCUGUGUGAUGGCUGCGAUGACAGCUACCACACUUUCUGCCUGAUCCCCCCUCUCCAUGAUGUUCCCAAGGGAGACUGGAGGUGUCCGAAGUGUUUGGCUCAGGAGUGUAGUAAGCCACAAGAAGCAUUCGGCUUUGAACAAGCGGCCAGGGACUAUACUCUUCGUACUUUUGGGGAAAUGGCAGAUGCAUUCAAAUCGGAUUACUUCAACAUGCCAGUCCAUAUGGUACCCACAGAACUGGUUGAGAAGGAAUUUUGGCGGCUGGUAAGCACCAUCGAAGAGGAUGUCACCGUGGAGUAUGGAGCAGAUAUUGCCUCAAAAGAAUUUGGCAGUGGCUUCCCUGUCCGAGAUGGAAAACUCAAACUUUCUCCUGAGGAAGAGGAGUACCUGGACAGUGGCUGGAACCUGAACAACAUGCCGGUGAUGGAGCAGUCUGUUCUCGCCCACAUCACUGCGGACAUCUGCGGCAUGAAGCUCCCAUGGCUGUAUGUGGGCAUGUGCUUCUCCUCAUUCUGCUGGCACAUUGAAGACCACUGGAGCUAUUCGAUUAACUAUUUGCACUGGGGUGAGCCAAAAACCUGGUAUGGAGUCCCAGGAUAUGCUGCCGAACACUUAGAAAAUGUCAUGAAGAAAUUAGCUCCGGAGCUCUUUGUUUCUCAGCCCGAUCUCCUCCAUCAGCUCGUCACCAUCAUGAACCCCAAUACCCUGAUGACCCACGAAGUGCCUGUUUACCGAACGAAUCAGUGUGCUGGAGAGUUCGUGAUCACGUUCCCGAGAGCCUACCAUAGUGGUUUUAACCAGGGCUUCAAUUUCGCUGAGGCUGUUAACUUCUGUACUGUUGAUUGGCUGCCACUAGGCCGUCAGUGCGUGGAGCAUUAUCGCUUACUUCACCGCUAUUGUGUAUUUUCCCACGAUGAGAUGAUUUGCAAGAUGGCUUCCAAAGCUGAUGUUCUGGAUGUUGUAGUUGCUUCGACUGUCCAGAAAGACAUGGCGAUUAUGAUUGAGGACGAAAAGGCUUUAAGAGAAACUGUCCGUAAAUUGGGAGUAAUUGAUUCGGAGAGAAUGGAUUUUGAGUUGCUACCAGAUGAUGAGCGUCAGUGUAUCAAAUGCAAGACUACAUGCUUCAUGUCCGCAAUUGCCUGUUCCUGCAAGCCUGGAGUGCUGGUGUGUCUGCAUCACGUGAAGGAACUGUGCUCCUGUGCUCCGUAUCAGUAUAAGCUGCGGUACCGCUACACUCUGGACGACCUCUACCCCAUGAUGAAUGCGCUGAAACUGAGGGCCGAGUCCUACAACGAAUGGGCCUUGAAUGUGAAUGACGCUUUGGAAGCGAAAAUCAACAAAAAGAAAAGCCUUGUCAGUUUUAAAGCUUUAAUUGAAGAAUCUGAAAUGAAGAAAUUCCCAGACAAUGACCUUUUACGUCACCUUCGCUUGGUCACACAAGACGCAGAGAAAUGCGCCUCCGUUGCACAGCAGUUGCUUAAUGGCAAACGGCAAACUAGGUACCGAUCUGGUGGAGGGAAAUCCCAAAACCAGUUGACAGUGAAUGAGCUCCGGCAGUUCGUGACACAGCUCUAUGCGCUUCCCUGCGUCCUCAGCCAGACGCCCUUGCUGAAGGAUCUCUUGAACCGCGUGGAAGAUUUCCAGCAGCACAGCCAGCAGUUGCUCUCCGAGGAGAUGCCCAGUGCCGCUGAGCUGCAGGACCUGCUUGAUGUCAGCUUUGACUUUGACGUUGAGCUGCCCCAGCUGGCCGAGAUGCGCACCCGGCUCGAGCAGGCGCGCUGGCUCGAAGAGGUGCGGCAGGCCUGCCUGGACCCUGCCUCCCUGACCCUAGAUGAUAUGAGACGCCUCAUAGACCUAGGGGUGGGUCUGGCCCCUUACUCGGCAGUGGAGAAGGCCAUGGCCCGUCUGCAGGAGCUGCUCACGGUGUCAGAGCACUGGGAUGACAAAGCCAAGAGUCUUCUCAAGGCCAGACCACGGCACUCUUUGAACAGCCUUGCCACUGCAGUGAAGGAGAUUGAGGAAAUCCCUGCAUAUCUCCCUAGUGGCGUGGCUCUCCGAGACUCCGUGCAGAAAGCCAAAGACUGGCUGCAGGAUGUCGAGGCCCUGCAGGUCGGAGGACGUGUACCAGUAUUGGACACACUUCUUGAACUUGUCACCCGAGGUCGAGCUAUCCCGGUACAUCUGGAUUCUCUGCCAAGGCUGGAGUUGCUAGUAGCUGAGGUUCAGGCGUGGAAAGAAUGUGCUGCUAACACAUUCUUGACUGAGAAUUCUUCAUAUUCUCUCUUAGAGGUUCUGUGCCCUCGAUGUGAUAUUGGCCUUUCGGGAUUGAAAAGAAAGCAGAGAAAGGCAAAGGAGGCUGUGCCGAGUGGGAAGAAGAAAAGCACCAGAUUAGAGAGUCUGAGUGACUUGGAGCGAGCGUUGACGGAAAGUCCAGAGACAGCCUCUGCUAUGGCAACUCUUGGGGAAGCUCGCCUCAGAGAAAUGGAAGCCUUGCAGUCCCUCAGACUAGCCAACGAAGGGAAAGUGCUGUCGCCUGCUCCAGGCGCGGACCUGAAAGUCUGCCUCUGCCAGAAGGCCCCGGCUGCCCCCAUGCUCCAGUGUGAACUCUGCAGGGAUGCGUUCCACACGAGCUGUGUGGCGGUGCCCAGCGUGACACAAGACCUGCAAGUGUGGCUUUGUCCUCAUUGUCGGAGGUCAGAGAAGCCCCCGCUGGAGAAGAUCCUGCCCCUGCUGGCCUCCCUGCAGCGCAUUCGCGUCCGCCUUCCCGAGGGAGACGCGCUGCGGUAUCUGAUCGAGAGGACCGUGAGCUGGCAGCACAGAGCCCAGCAGCUGCUCUCCUCGGGGAACCUCAAGUGCGUGCACGACGGCGUGGGCUCAGGACCGCUGUCCAGCCGGGGGCAGGCCUCAGCGGCUCCUGGGCCAGAGGACGCCAAGGUCUCUCAACCUACUGGCACAUCAUCCUCUGCUUUGCCUGAUGAUCGGGACAACAGAACCUCAUAUUCACACUCUCCCUUCUCUACUGUGCGGAGUCGUAUCCCUCUCCAUGGUAUCAGCCCAGAAGUGAAUGAGCUGUUGAUGGAAGCCCAGCUGCUCCAGGUAUCCCUUCCUGAAAUUCAGGAACUUUACCAGACUUUACUUGCAAAGCCAAGCCCUGCUCAGCAAACUGACCGGAGCUCCCCCGUUAGACCCAGCACUGAGAAGAAUGAUUGCUGCCGCGGGAAGCGUGAUGGUGGAAUCAACAGUCUUGAGAGAAAAGCGAAGAGACGCCUGGAAAGAGAGGGCCUCUCCAGUGAGCGGUGGGACCGAGCCCAGAAAAUGCGGAACCCCCAAAAGAAGAAAAUUAAACUGAGCCACCCAAAGGACAUGAACAAUUUCAAGUUAGAGAGAGAGCGUAGCUAUGAGUCAGCUCGUUGCGCUGAAACUCAUUCCCUGCCCUCAGAUACAUCCUAUUCUGAACAGGAGGAGUCUGAGGACGAAGAUGCCAUCUGCCCAGCUGUGAGCUGCCUGCAGCCAGAAGGAGAUGAGGUGGACUGGGUCCAGUGUGAUGGCAGCUGCAAUCAGUGGUUUCAUCAGGUCUGUGUUGGUGUUUCUCCAGAGAUGGCAGAGAAAGAAGACUACAUCUGUGUGCGCUGCACUGUGAAGGACGCACCAAGCCGGAAAUAGACACACUGCACACACACGAGCACACACAGACACACAGACACACAGACACACAGACACACACACACACACACACACACACACACACACACACCCUUACCUAAUGUAAUUCAGGACUCCAACCAAGAAGAUUUCUUCAAUUUCUCAGCAAAACUACAGGACUGGCUUUUAAUCCAGCCUGUAAAAGGUGCUAUUUCUACUCCUUAUGGGAUCAUUUUUCCAGAACUCUUUGAAAAAAAGAAAAAACAACUAAAAAAAUUUUUUGACACUUUUUGUAUUUUUUUCCUUAAGAGCUGUUUGUGGUUGUUGAGGUUUGAAAUGCUGACUGUUUUUUGCAGGGGUUUCCACCAAUUUGGAAGGCAUUGGAGCGUGCACCUUCUCGUGGAUAGCAUUAAAAUCUGACCUCUAACUGGGAUUUACCGGCAUAAGAGUUCAACUCAAUUUCAGUGCCCAGAAGGGCACCAGAAAUUCCAGUAAAUCCUCAUUCGAGGAACUUCUCUCUUGUUUACUCUGUUACCAUAUUGGGGAACUUACUUUUUUCAUUUUGGGGUUUUUGUUUCCUUAUCCGCUUUUCUUUUUCCUGGUAGACUAGGUUUAUUUAUCUAAGCAAUAACUUCUAUGUUGGUUUCAGUGGCUGGAAUUAAAGCAAACAAAACAAACUUCCGAACAGUGUGUUGGUGCUUUAGCAUUUGGUCUGAUGUGCAGAAGGCGACUGUCUAGUCCCUCGAGUCACGGAGGAGCUCGUGACGCGGAGCCGUGCGGCUGCUCCGUCAGCGGCCGCCCCGCUGUGACCCCUGUGGCUCCCCGCUGCCUCCCUGCCCCGCCCUCCCCUUCCUGGUUUUUUUGGUAGCUUGUAUGCAAUGUUGCCAUUUAUAUUGUGGAAUAAAUCCUUGGUCCUAAUAGAACACUAAGCGCUGGUUAUUUUAGAGGCAUCAUGCUCCUGCUGCUUCUGCCCCUCAUCCUGUGGGCUCCGAGGAGCCAGAGGGGAACGCUUGCUUUUGCUUCUGCCCGCCUAGGCUGCGGUAGCCGUGGUUGUCAGCCUGCACACGUUAGGGGAUUCUUUUGUCUCCUGCUCCAGUCCCCGUUAGUGAACGGCGCCUCCGCCAUGCCCUGCGCAUCCCCAUCUUCUGCGGAUAUGGAGCCUGUCUCUAAAGCCAUGCUGUCUUCAUAAGCUUCCUCAGAAUAUAGGCAAGUGAUUCCCAUCUUCAAAUCAGCCCUCUUUGGAAAAGAAUAUCCUCGUUAGGUUGGGAUUGGCAGGGAAUCUGGCCUAGGGGUGUGGUGUGCAAAGGAAAACUUGGGCACACCAGCUUCUGCCUUCCCAUCUUCCUCCCCUCUUUCUCGCUCUGGUUGUCAUUCCUGGUGGUGGACCGUCCCCAGCUUUUCCUCCUCUUUUCAAGGACCCUCUUCUGCAGUGGAGAAGACAUUCUGGUGAACAGAUUCUUGCUUGCUUUAUCCUAUUUUGUUGCUAAUAGUUGUUUUCCCCACACUCUAUAGCCAUAAGCCUACAGAUGGGUAGAACUAGUGGGUCUCUAAUAAAACAACAACAACAACAAAACAGCAGUUUGUGAUGUAGCAGAGAUUUAAAUGUAUUAUCCCCUUUUCUGCAAUUAAAAUAAUUAAAUCUCUUUAAGAAUGA